AUGACGUGGCAGCAGGCUCAGUACAACUGUAGAUCCAAAUACACAGACCUUGUCACUGUGAGGAACAGCUCUGAGAAUGACAUCAUCAGCAAACUCCUUUUCAGGAACUCCUGGAUCGGCCUCCACAGAAAUACAUGGCAAUACUGGAGUGACAAGACCCUCAGUGUCUUCACAAACUGGGACAAGACCCCGUUCAAAGUCAACCCUUCCCAUACAAGUUGUGCUUUACUAAAUCCAGCGACAGGAAAAUGGCGUGAACAUCACUGCGGAAGUCGCUUCUUUUUCAUUUGCCAAAAAGAUACAAUUCAACCUGAGUUUAAAACCACGCUGAAGUUAAAGUUCCAAUCUGGGGUUAACCUGAAUGAUCCAGCUGUUCAAGAUCAGAUCUUAAAGAAGAUACAUGGUGAUCUAAACAAAUCUGGACUAGCAGACUUUAAACUCCGCUGGACUCAGAUUAAUGGACAGGUUUUUCACGAGGAACCAAAGAAGAAGAAUGAAGGGUCCGGUGGUUGAAAGAGUCCUCCUCAGAAACACCACUCUUCAAUGGAAAAUGUCUGUUUUCACUCAUAUUAAAUAAUCUCUUGGGUUGUAUACACAUUCUUUCACUUUAAAUAUUAUCAUUCUGUUGCUUCAGAUGUACUUAAAUCAUUUUUUUAAUGCAAGACUAGAGGCAAA